AUGCUGCGCAAGCUCACCGUCGACCAGAUCAACGACUGGUUCACCAUUGGCAAGACCGUGACGGAUGUGGAGCUGCUGGGCUCGCCGCCCGCCUUCCCGGCCGAGGCGGCCAGGGACGAGGCCCAGCGCCGGGACCAGUCAUCUGGAAAGAUGCCGGCAGCUCUGGUUCUGGACCUCGAUGCGUUCGGACAUGUGGGGCCACUUAGUCAGAAGAGUAAGGAGUUGGAGUACAUUAGCAAGUACAGACAGCUGGAAGCACAAGAAUUUGACAUGCAUGGUAGUGACCACUCAGCCAGCGGGCCAGGUCCAAGGCCACCUUUGACUAAAUUAAGCAAUGUUACGUGCAUCCCAGAGACAACAUAUAAAUAUCCCGAUUUGCCUAUAAAUCGAUGUAAGGAAGAGGUUAUUUCUUUGAUAGAAAGUAAUUCUGUGGUGAUCAUUCAUGGUGCCACGGGCAGUGGUAAGAGCACUCAGCUGCCGCAGUACAUCUUGGACCACUACAUCCAGUGCUCUGCCUACUGCCACAUCGCGGUCACCCAGCCCCGGAAAAUCGGGGCCAGCAGCAUGGCCCGGUGGAUCAGCAGAGAGCGCGCCUGGACUCUGGGGGGCCUGGUGGGCUACCAGGUGGGGCUGGAGAAAGUCGCCACGGAGGACACCAGGUUAAUUUACAUGACGACGGGGGUCCUACUGCAGAAGAUCGUCAGCGCCAAGAGCCUGGUGGCGUUCACACACAUCUUCAUAGACGAGGUACAUGAGCGAACUGAAGAAAUGGACUUCCUGCUGUUGGUAGUCCGCAAGCUUUUAAGAACAAAUUCGCGUUUUGUGAAGGUCAUCCUGAUGUCAGCUACCAUCAACUGCAGGGAGUUCGCCGACUACUUUGCGGUUCCUGUUCAGAACAAGAUGAACCCCGCCUAUGUGUUUGAGGUGGCCGGGCAGCCCCACUCCAUCGAGGAGUUCUAUCUCGGGGACCUGGAGCACGUGCCACGCAGCCGGCUUUCCCCCCACGUCCUGGAGGAGCCAGUGAUCACGAAGGACAUGUAUGAGGUUGCCGUCUCCCUGAUUCAGAUGUUCGAUGACAUGGACAUGAAGGAGAGCGGGAACGAGACCUGGUCGGGCGCCCAGUUUGCGUGGGAGCGGGGCAGCGUGUUGGUGUUUUUACCAGGUCUGAGUGAAAUAAACUAUAUGCAUGAACUUCUCACAAACAUGAUUCAAAAAAGGCUGCAGGUCUAUCCUCUGCACUCAAGUGUGACUCUGGAGGAACAGAACAACGUGUUUCUGAGCCCAGUGCCCGGGUACAGGAAGAUCAUCCUGUCCACCAACAUUGCGGAGAGUUCUGUCACGGUUCCAGAUGUCAAAUACGUUAUAGAUUUUUGUUUGACUAGAACUCUGGUUUGUGAUGAAGACACGAAUUAUCAGAGUCUGCGCCUGAGCUGGGCCUCUAAGACCAGCUGUAACCAGAGGAAAGGCCGAGCGGGACGUGUGUCUAAAGGCUACUGUUACCGCCUGAUACACAGGGAUUUCUGGGACAACGCCAUCCCCGACCACGUCAUUCCGGAGAUGUUGCGUUGUCCCUUAGGAAGCACAAUACUGAAGGUGAAAUUACUCGACAUGGGUGAGCCCAGAGCUCUGCUGGCCACGGCCCUGUCUCCGCCGAGCCUGAGCGACAUCGAGCGCACCAUCCUCCUGCUGAAGGAGGUGGGUGCCCUCGCCGUGAGCGGGCAGAGAGAAGACGAGAAUCCCCACGAUGGUGAGCUGACCUUCUUGGGGAGAGUGUUAGCCCAGCUUCCUGUCAGCGAGCAGCUCGGUAAACUCGUUGUUCUGGGCCACGUAUUUGGGUGUUUGGACGAGUGUCUCAUCAUAGCCGCAGCACUGUCUUUGAAGAACUUUUUUGCAAUGCCUUUUAGGCAGCACCUUGAUGGAUACAGGAACAAAGUGUAUUUCUCUGGCAAUAGUAAGAGUGAUUGCAUCGCCCUGGUGGAGGCAUUUAAAACUUGGCAGUCCUGCAGACAGAGAGGGGAGCUGCGGCAUCCAAAGGAUGAACUUGACUGGGGACGGUUAAAUUACAUUCAGAUCAAGAGAAUUAGAGAGGUGGCUGAAUUGUACGAAGAGCUGAAGAGCAGAAUCUCCCAGUUCAACAUGAGUGUAGGCUCCCGGCGGCCGGUCCUGGACCAAGAGUACACGUACAAGCAGAGGUUCAUCCUGCAGGUUGUGUUGGCAGGUGCUUUCUAUCCAAACUACUUCACUUUCGGGCAACCGGACGAGGAGAUGGCGGUGAGGGAGCUGGCCGGCAAGGACCCCAAGACGACCAUCGUGUUGAAGCACACGCCCCCCUAUGGCUUCCUCUACCACAAGCAGCUCCAGUCCCUGUUCAGGCAGUGCGGCCAGGUCAAGUCCAUCGUGUUCGACGGUGCCAAGGCCUUUGUGGAGUUUUCCCGGAACCCGACAGAGAGGUUUACGGUUCUCCCUGCGGUGUACAUGGCGGCUAAGAUGUCUCAGCUCAAAGUUCCCCUGGAGCUCAGCGUGCACUCUGCAGAGGAGAUCGAAGGCCGGGUGCAGGGAGGCGCUGUCUCAAAGCUCAGGAGCACAAGAGUGAAUGUGGAUUUCCAGAAGCAGACAGUGGACCCCGUCCAGGUGUCCUUUAACACGGCAGACAGGUCCCGGGUGGUGUCAGAUCUCUUCCUGACGAUCGACAUCACAGAGGUGGUUGAAGUGGGGCACUUCUGGGGGUACAGGAUCGACGAGAAGAACGCAGUGGUUCUGAAGAAGCUCACUGCUGAGAUAAACCACCUGAAGCUGGUGCCCCUGGCCGUCCACCCGCACCCAGACCUGGUUUGCCUGGCACCUUUCGCUGACUCUGAGGAGCAGAGAUACUUCAGGGCGCAGAUCCUGUAUGUGUCUGGGAGCUCUGCCGAGGUGUUUUUUGUGGACUAUGGUAACAAAUCUCAUGUGCACCUGGAUCUUUUAAUGGAGAUUCCCUGCCAGCUUCUCGAGCUUCCGUUCCAGGCUCUGGAGUUCAAGGUCUGUAGACUGCGCCCGUCUGCGCGGUCCCUGGUGUGCGGUGAGCACUGGAGCAGUGAAGCCAGCCGGCGCUUUGCCACCCUGGUCAGGGGCCGUGCACUGCUCGUCAAGGUCUUCUCUGUGGUGCACAGCGUCCUGCAUGUGGAUGUGUACCUGUCCUCGGGGCUGCAGGACUUUGUCAACGUCAGGGACGUGCUCAUCGAGGAGGGCCACGCUGAGCUGGCAGAAGAGUGCUAUGAGUCCCGGCAAAGCCAUGAAGCUCUCAAGGGUCUCUUUUCCAAAUCAGUAGAGCCUGGGACAGACAUAUGUGCACCGCCCCCCGUGAAGGACAGUGAGAGGCACCUUAUCCGGAUCCUGCUGGACAGCUUCUCCUCCAAUAAGCUUGGGGCCCCAAACCACAAGGCGAUACUUCAUGGGCCUUUCAACCCUUAUGAGCUGAAGUGUCAUAGCUUGACGCGAAUAUCCAAGUUCAGGCGCGUUUGGAUCGAGAAGGAGAGCAUCAACUCUGUGGCCAUCAGCGACACCCCCGAGGACCUCCACCAGAGGGUGCUGGUGGCAGCUUCCCUCUCAGUGAACGCAACUGGGUCCACUAUGCUGCUGAGGGAGACCUCCCUGCUGCCACACAUCCCCGGCCUGCCAGCCCUGCUCAGCAUGCUGUUUGCACCGGUGAUGGAGCUCAGGGUUGACGGGGACGGGAAAUGCUACACAGGAGUCCUGUGUGGUUUGGGGUGGAACCCCACCACAGGGGCACCCAUUCUGCCGGAGCAUGACAUGGAGCUUGCCUUCGACGUUCAGUUCAGCGUGGAGGAUGUUGUGGAGAUCAAUAUUCUCAGGGCCUCUAUUAACAAGCUGGUGUGUGAUGGGCCAAAUGGGUCUCGGUACCUUGGGCCAGAGAGAAUCGCGCAGUUACAGGACAGUGUUCGCCAGAAACUCCUGGGUUUGUUCUGUCAGUUGAAACCGAGAGAGAGAAUUGUCCCUAAGUGGCCUGAGAAGCCGUAUGAGUGGAACCAGGUGGACCCAAAGCUGGUUAUGGAGCAGGCGGACCGGGAGGGCGGCAGAGGGAAGAACACCUUCCUGUACCAGCUGCACAGACUGAUCGUGCUCAGCUCCUAGCUGCCGGCCCCACGGCAGCCGAGGGGCAAAGCCGGCUGCACACACGCCGUGUCCACGCUGCACUGAGG